AUGGCCAGCGUAAGAUUCACUCCCAAGAGACUCAUCGUCUGCUGCGAUGGAACAUGCUUCAACAGCGACGACGGAUACAACAAGCCAAUUUUCGGCAAGAGGAGCGGGGCUUUGCAGGUCUCUUCCAACGUCACUCGCAUAUCGAGAUGCUUUAAGCGCACGUGCGAUGAUGGUCGCGUUCAGAUUGUCAACUACCAGUCUGGUAUCGUCAAGGAAGCCUAUAGUUUCCUGGCUGCCGACUAUUCUGACGGCGACGAGGUCAUUCUUAUCGGAUUCUCACGCGGCGCUUUCGCGGCUCGCUCGGUAGCGGGAAUGAUCUCGAAGCUAGGCCUUCUGACGCGCGAGGGUGUCGAGAUGUUCUACCCCAUAUUCAACGAUAUGCAGAACUGGAAAAGCCCUCAAGGUGGAAAGAACUUGGCCUUACACGAGUCUGGCAGAACAUGGGGCACCCGAGAUUUAAUCAAGGUCAAGGCCAUAGCCUACUGGGACACGGUCGGUAGCCUUGGGGUCCCGCGAAUUGCCCUCCUGAAUAAGCUUCACGAACUUGGCGUAUCCUUCAGGGACGAAAUGUACCACUUCUGGGACACGAAUCUAUCAGUCCACAUCGAGCAUGCGUUUCAGGCUCUUGCCCUCGACGAGACACGAUCUUGCUUCCAGCCUGCCGUCUGGGAACGUCUAGAGUGCAAUCGUAGUUCGACUGAUUUGCGACAAGUUUGGUUCGCCGGUAAUCACAACAAUAUCGGCGGUGGAGAGCUUGAUCAAGCGAUGGCUGAUGUAAAACUUGCUUGUCGGUAUUGUUAAAUAACGUAUAGCCGAGGAGCUGUUGACAGAUCCCAGGGAUGAUGGACCAACUUGCGUCUGUCAACAUUGAGUUCGACGAAAAGUGCCUCGAGCGUGUGGUCGUUAAGUCCAUGGCGUAUUAUAUAACUGACCCUGCGACAACCAAGCGUCCCUGGGCGAGAAUCCCGACUUAUCAUGACGGCAGUCAAGUCCGACCAUGGGCCCUCGGGACAAUUUACCGUGCUCAUGGCCUCGUAUGGCGCCUCGCUGGCCGAAGAUAUCGUUCUCCUAGCCUCAAUCACGUCACAAACCCUCGAACGGGACGACCGACCUCAGCAUGGCUCGAGGACACAAACGAGCGUGUGCACGCAUCGGUCAGGGUGCGUUUAGCAUGUGGUGGCACGGACGUUGAUAGCAAGACCAUCUGGGCCUGCCCUGCAUUCGCUGGCAGGUGGAAAUUGGCCAGGCGGAGCGACUUACGUUUGACGGAAGGGGCCCCGGAGUCGGAGUCGCAGUCGCGAUCGCACUGGGUAUGGACUUAUGUCGGCAAUGAAGAACCGCCCGAGACGGUCCUGUCAGAGGAGCCGAUGGAAAUGUUCGAAGAGCAGUUGCUGGAGUUGAUGGCAGGGAGGAGUGUGUGAGAGUACGCCGAAAAUGCUUCUUCUGUCGACGAGAAGCAUUGAACGACCUC